UCUGUGCGUCGCCGCGUUAAACGGCCAUAGCAUUAUUUAUUUUAACAAUUUGAAAAUUAAUUAAAAAAAAAAUGAAAGGGACGGUUAAAUCAACCUUCGUAAACCUAUAAAUAAAUUUUGUAACUGCUCCUUGUUUUCCCCAUUUGGUUCUUUCUCUAAGCCACGGAAGUGUAACGCUCUUUACUCUUUCAGAAAAAAUAAAAAAUCUUUUCAUUUCUUGGUUGUAGAUGAUCAAAUGGUUGUAGAAGAUCAAGUCUCGGGUACGAUCGUUAAUGAGGAAAUCCCAGAUGCUACGUUCGAAAGCACCGAGGUUGAUUCGGGUUUCCGGUUUUUUGUCGAAAACGGUUUCGCUAAUAAGAUACGUAAAUCAACCUCAGAAGAUUCAAUCAUCAGAGCAAGUUUUUUCUCAGGCAUGGGUCAAAAUUUGGGGUUGGUUGAGAAAACAAAAAUCGUGGCAAUUCAUAAGAACUUGAACCCUAGUUGUUCAGGGAAAGUUCGAGCACAAAGCUUUCAGGUUUUCGCAAAGGCGGUGGCCGACAAGCGUGGUGGAGAUGCCAAUCUCAAGUAUGCUUGGUAUGGUGCUUCCAGGGAUGAGAUUUGCGAGAUUUUGAUACAUGGGUUUAGUUGGUAUCGCAAGGCUGCUGGAAAUAUCGAUUGUUCUAGACGUUGCAUCUCUUUAUCUCCCGCAAAAUUUUCCUUCGACAGUGUGUUGUCUUCAGAGGUUGAUGAAACUGGAUUGAGGCAUUUGUUGUUAUGCCGUGUUAUAUUGGGAAAGCAAGAAGUGGUGACCGAUUCUAAUCAGUUUCAUCCAAGUUCCCCGGAGUUCGAUUCUGGCGUAGAUGACCUUUCAGCACCCAGAAAAUAUAUUGUUUGGAGUGCGUACAUGAAUUCUCACAUCCUCCCUUGUUACAUCAUCAGUUUUGAGGCUCCUUACUUGAGAGACUCCAAAGGAUUACUAGAGGCGAAUACCAUCCAGCCUAGAUCACCAUGGAUGAGUUUUCCCAAGUUGAUUUCUAUGCUCUCAAGGUUUUUAGGUCCUUCAGACAUGGCUUCCCUUAACAAACAGUAUGCAGAUUUUCAAGAAAAAAAGAUUACAAGGCCGCAACUGAUACAAAGUGUGAAAGAAAUAGCGGGAAACCAGUUGUUAGCGGCGGUAGUCAACUUGUACAUAAACGAGAGUGCAGGAACUUCAAGUUAGCAGCAGCAGGAGGAGCAGCAAAUGACCGGUGAUGCAGCUUGUCCGACAACGGGUAUAGUAGUUGCGGUAAUAAGAGUUUGGAGGCUUAAUUGACUUCUUGCAAGUGGCGUCUUCAGUCUUGGAAUGAAAAACAGAACUAGAUAGGAUUUUAAUAUAGGGUUAUACUCUUAAUGUUUCUUCAAUUCCUUGAAAAGAAUACUAGAAAAUUUGGCAAUUCGACUUUUUUAUCUCCUUUUACUGGAGGUCAUUGACGUUGAACAACUUCUGGAGAACUUUGUUAAUAGCAAGACAACUCCUUCUGGACCA